UGGGCCUCACACAGGAACCCACUCCACAUUGUCUAAUGGCCUCUGACAUUUCCACAGUAGCUAAGAGGGUUGGAAGCUUAACUUCCGCUCUUUGUUAACAGACUCAUUCCUCCUUCCAAGUUUUAACUUAAAGAAUAGUACAAGCAGGAUACCAGGAGUGAUUUGAUUUGAAGUUCUAGGAGGUGUAAGAAGCUAAAAGGAACCCACAAUGAUAGCGAAGAUUUUACUCCUUUGUGGAACAAUAGGACUGGUGCUGUCAAGCGCGCAUUCGAGGCACCCUGGCUCUCAUGAUCAUGAGCAAAGGCCCCAAGCUCAGAGGUUAUCAACAAGUUCACAGUUGUCUUCUCCGCCUGAGGAACACUGGGGAAGAGAGCUCAUGAAAGAGGAAGCCCUGAACCAAGUUUCUGACAUUCUUACUGACACAGAUGAUUAUGAAGCUGGAAGCCAGCAACCCAGAAAUGAAAACUGGUGCUCUUUUAUGCAGUCCCGACUGGUCACAUACAUAGCUGCUUGCAAGACAGAGAAGUAUGUAAUUAAGUCACAGCAACCAUGUAGGACUCCAGAUUGCCAAAAAAUCAUGUACAGGGCAGCCUUGAAACCAGUCUACCAAGUAAAACAAAAAGUCGUAAGCUCUCUGCACUGGAAGUGUUGCCCUGGCUACAUUGGCAAGAAUUGUGAACACCAUGAGCCUAAUUUCCUUCCAGUGUCCACCAAACAGUCGGGCAUCUGGGAGGAAGAAAGAGAAGCAUCCACAAACCAAAGAGACAUCAUAGAAGCCCAUCAGAGCCAUGAAGCACAGUUGGAGGAUCUGCAGAAUGAUAUUCAUCAAGCAACAAACAACCUGGGAGUCUUACAAAAUAUGCUUCAUUAUAACAUCAGCAGCACCAAGCUAGAAAUGAACCACAACCAAUCAGAAACACAGGAACAGUUCCUCCAGCAAAUGCUUUUUCCCCAUGUGGAGAGUUUCUUAAGGGCACAUUUAAACCCAGUCUGGGUAAGCUUCAAUAAAAGUCUACAAGAUCUUUCCACCAUUCUGAAAAAUCUUUCUCAGAAUGUUGAGGCCAAUCGGAAAAGUAUAGAGAAAUUCCAAGAAAGCACUGUGCCCAAGAAAGAUUUUCAAGAUCUGGGAACUAAGUUUGAAUCCAAAGUUCAAGAAAAUUUAUUGAGAGUAGACCAGAUGAAGAAAGAAAUAGAUAGUCAUUUACACUUACAUCAAAUGGCGAUGCACUACAAUCUCACAAUGAUCAAAGCAGACACUGAUAUGAAGCUCAAGAGAUAUCAUAAGAUACAGCAACCUUUUUUGGCAGCCUUAAACAGCAGCAUAAGAGAAAUGAGACAAGAACAAGAUAAGCUUCAAGAUGAGCUUGAGGCCCUGAACAGAAACUUUGCAGAAUUCUCAAUACAAUUUGGCAGCCAAAAUGAAGAAUUUACGGAGACAGACUUUCAGGUCUUCAAUCAAACCCUGACAGUGCAUGCUCAACAGCUGAAGGAUCUUUAUGAGGAGACUGAUGAAGCCUAUAAAGAUUUUAUUAAGUUGCAAGAUUCAGUUAGAGACUUAAAAACCAGCUCAAAGGAUGAUAUAGAGGAGCUUAGAGUGAAUGUAAUCGAGAGAGGUCUUAUAAUGGAGGAAUACAGGGAAGAUCUGGAAAGGAAGAUUCUAGUGCUCAACAAUACUCUUGCAAAUAUUCAAGAAAGUCUCUGGAAUCUACAGAGGACUAUGAAAGCAUGCCAUUGUGAAAAACUACCCCCAGAAAUAGAUACAGAAGCAAACAUUACUCAGAUGAUCAGAGAGGCAAUAAUAGAGCAAUUUGAGGCACGUUUAAAAGAUCUCGGAAAUAAAAUCAAACAUCUAGCCACAGCUUCUCCUCCUGUACACCAGGCUUUCAAUUUCCAAAAGGAGCAGCUGGAAGUCUCAAGUCUUAAGUCUCAAAUCAAAAAUUUGUCUGAGAAUAUUGACAACCUGAAAAAAACUGAUGAGAAGAUGCACAGGCACAUCAAGUAUCUUAACAGCUCUUUUAAUUCUCUCUUGGAAGAUGCAAUGAGACAUGAGUCAGCACUAGUGGCCUUGCUUGGAGAUGAAAUUAUGGAGACUUUGUCUAAAGAAGAUAUUAGUAUUGUGAUAUCACCCAUAGACCAACUUCAGGUGGCUAUCAAGAAGCAAAAUCUUACACUGGAAUCCCUUAUGAAGAGAAUUCAUUCUUUAGAGAUGAGUAAUGAGAACCACACCAAUUUCCAUGAAUCUCCUAAGCAUCCUGUCCUUGAAAAGCAAAUAGAGGAAACAAUGCAAGAGGUCAGUACCCACCACAGUAGUGUGGAACAUAUGGAGCCAAACCAUGAAGCUGCUAUGGAGGAUGCCCUGGACAAUCCAUCGUAUUAUGAUAUUAUGACUCUAAAGAAGGAGAUCGGAUACCUCAGCAGGGAGAUGAAGAAAUACAAAUCACAAUGGGAUAGUGCCAGUUUCUGUUGUAAUCACACCAUACUCAGCCUAGUGGAACCACUCAGUGUUUCAGUGGAUCAUUUGAGGACAGACUUCAUAUCAGCCCAACAAAGCUAUGAAGAGCACCUACAGAUCUUUGAGAAGCUGUUUGGAAAUAGCAAAGAAUUAGCUGCUGCAAACAUAAGUUUGGAUGUUGCAAAGGUUCAGUCAAUGAUGGGCAGGAGGAUGAGGAAACAGCUUAAAGGUCAGGAAAGGCACAACAUGAGAGACAAGAAAGAGGCUAAUGACCACAGAGAAGGUACUUUAAAUGGAAGAAACAAGAUAUAUGCGGAGCUCCUGGAGACAGGCUCAUCUGUGGCAUUUUAUGUGAGAUAUCCAGAAGGCAGAGAUGAAGCACCAAGUUUCAAUGGGACCUAUCUUAACUAUGGAGGUGGUUACUUUCUUGAACAUGGCUACUUCAAGUCCCCCCAUACUGGGGUGUAUAUGGUUGCGGUUAGUAUGGAGCUUAAUCCAGGACCAGUUGCUCUGGGCCAAUUGGUUUUUAGCAAUGGGCACAGAAUGACCCUCAUAAGCAACAAGAAGAGAAAGGCAAAUGGAAGCAUCAUGACAACUUUUGUAUUAGUGGACCUCAAAAAAGGGGAGCACAUGUGGUUUGAAUUGGUGCAGGGUGAUGCAGUGAAGCAGAACCCAGCUGGAAUGAGCAUGGCUGGAUUUCUUCUAUUCAAAACUUGAAGAAGAAGAAAAUGACCCUGGGGUAAUAAAUGGUGUAUUUUUGCAUAAGCCAAGCAGACCUAGUCGUCUGAUGACAAUAUGUGCUUUUUGCUGUGUGUGCUUCUAAAUGUAGUUCUGUCUUUAAUUUGUUUGUGUUGCUUUCCAGAAGCAGUUCAGUAGUUGCUUAAUAUUUUUAUAUAGCAGGAAGGAGGGGGAUGUGGAAUUUAUUGUAUUCCUGUGAGUACUGAAAAAUAACUUAUGUAUCACAUCUUUGAUUGUAUUGCCACUCUGCAGGCUCAAAAAUGCUACCUCCCCUCUUAUCUAGCCAAGCUCUUCUCCAUGGAGAAUGAGCAACAAUUCUAUUACAAUAGUUUCUAACAAAAAAAAGAAAGAAGCAAUCAUAUUUUAAAUGCAAGUUAGUAUAUACAAGGUACCUCUUACAUAACACGGAUAGCAUCAUUGCUGCCCACCUCCCCUGUGUCAUCUAUCAUCACACUGGCAAUAUUAGAAUGGGUAUGGCCUGUUGACUAAUGUUCCCCACAUCAGCAUGCUGCAUAUGAAGUGAGUGCAUGCAAUUUUGGAUUAAGAGAGACAGCACUCAUCUUUAGAAAAAAGUGCUUUUCAAUGAGGAAAAUGUGUACCAAGAGAAAUAUAUUGGUUAGUGUAUGUACUUAAAGCCUUGUUUGUAUGCUGGGUUGUAGUUUGCUUUGCAAAUGGUAACAUUUGAUUCAUGUACAAGGAUCAGAAGAGUCUGCUGCCCUUUUGAUUACAUGCUUACUCUGAUUUCCAUGUAGACACUGAACACUCUGACAUCAAAUGAUCAUUCUGAAAAAUAUUAGGGAUUAAACAUUGUAAAGACUCCUUAUAUGGGGAUACUUAUAUGAUCAUUCUGGAAAAGAUUAUUAGGGAUUAAACAUUGUAAAGACUCCUUAUAGGACAUGAUUCCAGCUCAUUUCCAAGGCAUACAUGUAGAACAUAUAUCCUGGUUUUUGUGACGUUCCAUUUUUAACUUUAGCAGCAUGUAUUAAAAUUAAAGGUUGCUUCAUUUUGAUAAA